UGGGGAGGUGCUGAUGGGCUAAUGGGGGCCAGCUGGAGCCAAGGGCAACUGAAAUGGGAUAAAAGCAGAGGGCUUGGGUAGGUGGUGUGGAGUUUUCUCUUCUUGCUUUGUCAGCUGUGCUGUCCUUAUGGGCUCUCCAGAGCCAAGCUGCAGGGUGGUACCACCAGGCCCUGCAGGUGCCACAUCUUGGUGGUGCAGAAGGAUGUUUUGUGGCCGUAGGGGCACAGCCCAAGCUCUGUGUCCUGCUUAUGGUGGGCUGCGAUGUAGGGCUGUCCUGGUGCUGGCUGUUUGCUUGUCCAUCACUGUUCUGCCCCAUAUCCUGGGCUCACUGGUGGCCUUGUCCCCUGGUGCCUCAUACAAGAGCAGCAGCCUGGUGGCACUACAUAGGGAUCUGCUUGGCCAGUCCAGGAGGUCACAGGUGGUUGCUGAGGGCACAGUGGGGCACUUUCAUGGCAAAGAGGAUUUAUGCAAUAGGACAGAUACUGAGAGCCUGGCAACUCCAUCUGGGACCGCAACACCAGGGCUGGGCACUGACAGCAUGACUUCAUCCAACCCACCUGCAUCCAGCAGCUUCUCCCACAUCCAGAAUGAGACUCUUGAUGUUGCAACCCCAACAAGGAGCCAAAGACUGGAGCAAACUUCCCAGCUGGAGACCCUUCUAGAUGUGUCCUCAGUACUGCCAACAGCAGGGACAUCCAGCUGGGAUGGAUCCCAUCCUAGCACUGUGUGGGCAUCUGCUGUCACACCUGGAGGAGCAGAAGUUGCUCUGGUGGUGGGCACCAUCGGAGCUGAGGUUCUGGGAAAUGGACCUGAGCUUACAGGCAUCGUUUCAUCGUUGUCUCCUAGUGCUGCAUCUGAUGGUGUCAGCCAUGUGCUGGCUUCAUCCCUUCCUACAGAGGGGCUCAGGGGCUCUGCUGUCACCUUUGAGGAACCCAGUGAUCCAUUCCCUGCACACCAGGCUGGCCCAUCGCUCACUGAAGCUCCUUCUGUCCCCGUGUGGAUGUGGUUCCCCAGCACCACAGCUUCUACUGAGGCUGGGGAAAGCCUGACAUCUACUGCUACCACCCCACAGCCUGGAGCCACCAAAGCCCUGUGUCAGCAUGGAGCAGCUGCUGGGGUUUCCUGGUAUCCAAAAGCAGAAGAUGUGACCCAGGGCUCCCCAGUGGGGCUGACCACCCAGAUGCCAUCCCCAGCAGCACCUCCAGAGUACACUCUGGGCUCUGUGCAUCCUCCCAGCUUCAAGCCUCCUGCAGUAGGACCUAGUACCAGUUCUCCAUCCUCAACCUACCUGCCAGCUUCCAUUGCUAUCUCUCAUGCCCCAACUAAGCCAACACUGCUUACAUCUGCUGCUCAUCCUAAGUCUAGCCCUUCUCUUGCCACCUCCCAGCACCCCUUUGCAGACGGAGAUGAUGUUCCCAAGGCCACCAGCUGGGUGGUAGGAGAAGCCUUCACUACAGAACAACUUGUGAGAACUGUGGGCAAUGCUGGAUCCAUGGUGACAAAGAUCCCUGUGCAUACUCUGCCCUUGAGCUUCAGGCUCUUGGGUAUUGCCUUCACUAGAGACCUAAGCAAAAAGUCUUCGAGGAGCUACAAGGAGCUGGAGAAAGAAGUGAGGAUGAUGCUGCACCAGAUACUGUCCACCUAUGAUACCUUCCUGCAAGCAAAUAUCCUUGGGUUUACGAAUGGCUCAGUGCUGGUGCAAGCACAGGCUGUGUUCCAGGUGGAGGCUCCCAGCAUCUCCCACCUCAUCCGCACACUGGUGGCAGGGGCAAGGAGAGGGCAUGAUGCCUUCAGCUGGUGGCUGGAGCCCCAUUCCAUCAGCUCCAAUGGUUUCACAUUGGAGAGCCUGGACCCUGAGAAGCUGUCCAUCUCCUUCACAGUGCUGGGUGGGAUGGAGCCUGCAGAGAGGCUGGUUGGUGAGGUGAUGAGGUCUCUUGGUGCCCUCUACCCUGUGAGGAACGUCACUGUUGGCCAGCUCAGAAACAUCAAUGGGGACCUGGAGGUGGCUGGGGACAUCUACCUGGACACCACCACUCAUGCCAACACCACUGCAGUCCUGCAGGCACUGACUGCUCUUGCCUUGUGCUCUGUGGACCUGAGCUCGCUCUCAGUGCAGGGGACCAGGCUGCAGCUGCAGGUUUACCCAUUCUCCUUCCUGGUCACCAACCGGCGUUACAGUGGGGAGCUGCUGGAUCCACUCACUGCUGAGCACCAGGAGCUCAGGAGGGCUCUAGGAAAUGUGGUGGCAAAAGCACUGAGAGACAACGAGAGCUUCCUGCAAGCAGUGAUAAGAGGAUUCCUGCCUGGCACCCUGCUGUGCCAUGGGGAUGUGGUGUUCCAGCCCCCCGCUCCCAGCAGCCUGGAGGUCCUGGAGGCUCUUGUUCUUGCAGUUGGGCCAGACAAGGCUUUGGCUGACUCAGACUUCCAGGUGGAUCCAUUCUCUAUUUCUAUAGGAGAGGAAACCCUGGAGCCCCCUCCUGCCCCUGGCUUUCCUGAGUACGGCGUGGCCAUCAUAGUUGUGUGUAGCCUCAUCAUCAUCACCAUUUCUGUCAUCCUACUGGUGUGCCUGAGGAACAAGAGGUUUGGCUGGAGCGAUGUGGCCAUCCUGUGGGACAGGAGAGACCCUGAAGCAGGGACACAGACCCUUGAAAUGGAGAACCAGGGGUUCUGGACAGCCUCUGAUGAGGUCACUGAAGAGAUUCAUGAGCAGAGGGAAUCUGCGGCCUGUUGAGAGGAUGAUGUGCAGCUGUGGGGCCUGAAGCAGAACCAGAGUCUGUUUGGGUGGGAGGAAUACUGAGAAGCUGUUCUGCUCAGCCUCUGCUUUGGGAUGUUCUCUGAUUAUAGCGUAAGGAAAGAUUAAUUUGUAUGUUUAACUUUAAUAAACCCUUUAUAAACUAUCA